AUGGCAGAUUCCGACAUAGAGACAAGCAGUAACCACAACAGCAACGGCAACAACGAUAACCACUCAACCUCGUCGUCAACGACAAGCGUUCAUGUCUCAGCUCUCGACGGGAUAGUCAACGCGAAUUCUCUCUUCACGGUUGCAGUCUUUGUCGGAAUCACUUUCGACCAACCGCGUGACCUGACCCUCACGGAGAGGAGCGAGUGCACCGCCGGAGUAGACGUGGAAAGAGACCUGGUUGUGUUCGAAGUCAUUUCCUUUGCGUUCUUCCUCUUCUCUUCCCUUGUGGCUCAAGGGAUGAAGCUAACCAUCAACUUGUUGAACAGUAAAGAAACGGACGAAGUCUUUAAAGCAAAUAUCAAUAGUGACUUGCUUCGCCUCGGUGUGGUUGGUGCAGCCGGUGGAUCUAUCUUGGGCUGUGUUUUUCUUCUCUUGUCGAUGGUUGAUGUUAUUCAGCUCCGGCUCGGGUUGCUCUCUUGCGGUGGCUCGUUGGCGGUUCAUACCGUGUUGGCGCUCGUGGUCUUGGUCUCUUCUGCUCUUAGUGUUUAUAUCUUCACCGUAUUUUACUCUUUCAAGAAAUGA